AUGUCAUUCUUUGGAACCGGAAAAAGUAUCUUCGAGUCUACAGCAAAUAGUUCAACUGGACAAGCGAAAAAAGACAUCGAGGUGUCUUCGCCUCCAUCUGAUACUGUAUCCUGCCUGCGGUUCUCACCUGCAACUGCAAGUUCGCCAAAUGCUUACCUUGCAGGAUCUAGCUGGGACAACCGUGUUCGUGUGUGGGAAGUAGCCUCUAAUGGAACUUCAACUCCAAAAGCUGAACAAAUGCAUCAAGGUCCUGUGCUUAGUUUGUGUUGGAGCAAUGAUGGAACACGGAUAUUUUCGGUUGGAGCUGACAAAUGCGCUCAGAUGUGGGACUUAGCGUCGAAUCAAUUCGUUCAAGUCGGCGCCCAUGAUGCACCGAUAAAAACGGUUCAUUUUAUUUCAUCACCCAGUUAUACGUGCAUAAUGACUGGAGGAUGGGACAAAAAACUUAGGUUUUGGGACAUGCGCCAGGCAACACCUAUGUCAAGUCUCGACCUUAGUGAGCGUGUUUAUUGUGCUGACGUAGUGUAUCCCGUUGGUGUUGUUGGGUGCGCUGGUCGACAGCUAAUUGUUUACACUCUAGAGAAAGGUCCAGAGGUUGCUGCCCAAAUCGAAUCACCGCUGUCGUAUCAGAACAGGUGCAUUGCCAUUUUUCUGGACAAGCAAAAACAAUCUCCCACGGGCUUUGCACUUGGUAGCAUUGAAGGCCGUGUUGCCAUUCAGUAUUUUCAACCCAGUGCACCUCGCGACAACUUCACUUUCAAAUGCCAUCGUUCUCCCACUCCGGUUAAUGGGUACUACGAAAUAUUUCCCGUCAACGAUGUGGCCUUCCACCCUUUGUAUGGAACACUUGCAACUGUCGGUUCGGAUGGGCGAUAUGCAUUUUGGGACAAAGACGCUAGGACUAAGCUGCGAGGGCUUGAUAAUGCAGAAAUGCCUAUAACUACCUGUACAAUUGAUCGAAGUGGAAAUUUAUUUGCCUACGCUUGUGGAUACGACUGGUUUAAGGGUCAUGAAUUCGCUGACCCUAGCAAACCACCGAAAAUUUGUAUACGGCAAGUUUUGGAUGAAAUGAAGCCUUCUAAAUAG